AUGCGCGGCGGUGUGUUCGUGCGCGCACGGCGCGGGGCGGAGCUACGCCUCUUUGAACUCGGCGAGCCGAGCAGAGGGAGGCGGUCCCGUGGUGGGGCGUCGGGCCCUCGGCGCGGAGAGCUGCAGGAGCUGCUUCGCCUGGUUUCCGCCUGGUUUCCUUCGCAGGGGUCCCGGCGGCCGCCGCCCUCCCAGCAAAGUGAAGCGGGAGCUGGAGGAAAAGGCACCCCUCCCGGGAACAUCGAGGUCGACCUGUACCUUCUGCCCGAAUCUUUCUCCGGGCUGAUCUCCGGGGACUUCGGGCCCCUCCUGGUGCUGUCUUGCCGUGUCUGUCUGGAGGAGAAGCCGCUGAAGCCGCUGCCGUGCUGCAAGAAGCCAGUCUGCGAAGCGUGCCUCAAGCGCUAUCUCAGCUCGCAAGUGCAGGUGGGGCAAGCAGAUAUCCCAUGUCCGAUUACAGAAUGCAGUGAACAUCUGGAUGAAACCACCAUCCUCUUCAACUUGCCACAUGAUGACAUCAUCAAAUAUAAAUACUUCCUGGAACUUGGCCGUAUUGGCUCAAGCACCAAGCCAUGCCCUCAAUGCAAGCACUUUACAACCUUCAAGAAGAGAGGUCAUAUUCCGACCCCUACCAAAACGGAGAACAAGUACAAAAUCCAGUGCCCAACCUGCCAAUUUGUGUGGUGCUUUAAGUGCCACUCUCCGUGGCAUGAAGGUGUCAACUGCAAAGAGUUCAAAAAGGGAGACAAACUGCUGCGUCACUGGGCCAAUGAAAUUGAACAUGGGCAAAGAAAUGCUCAAAAGUGUCCAAAGUGCAAGAUUCAUAUUCAGAGAAUACAAGGUUGUGACCAUAUGACUUGCUCACAAUGCAACACUAACUUUUGUUACCGCUGUGGGGAGAGAUACCGCCAGCUUCGUUUCUUUGGAGAUCAUACAUCAAACCUCAGUAUAUUUGGAUGCAAAUACCGCUACCUCCCUGAGAGUCCACAUUUAAGGAGAUUAGUAAGAGGCUCUGUCUGCGGUAAGUGG